GAGCAGAAGGCACAGUGUUCCCUAAAUCUAUAGAAACUCCCAAUGUCAGGGCAGACCCCUUCAAGGAACUAAGACUGGAGUCACCCACACGUGCACUGGUGAUGGAGGCUCCAAAAGGCAUCGAGAUCAACGCCGAGGCCGGCAGCUUGAAAGCCACUUGCAGGACAGAGCUCAGGCUGGAAUCCAAAGACGGAGAGAUAACGUUGAACUCUGCAAAAAUCAAACUACCUAACUUGCCUCAAGGAUCUUCCUCUUCUGCAGGGUCCAGGCAAAAAAUCUACGAGCUCUGUGUGUGUCCCAACGGGCGGUUAUUUCUGUCUCAGGCAGGCACUAGCUCAACCUGCCAGAUAAAUACAAGUGUCUGCCUUUGAGAGACAAUUUGCAGUGGGGCAUCACAGGCAGCACAAAAAUCAGUUCUGGUCUCACAGAUUGCAGCUGCCAACUAUUUUUACUAGAACACAGAAAGCCUAUCAAAGACUUUUUUUGUGUGUGCGCGCGCGUGUGUGAAUAUAUAUAUAAAAAUAUAUAU